CACGAGGAUUGUCAAACCAAGGGGCUGUGAGGCAUUCGAGAUUAUGCAUGCAUGGUCGAAAUAACUUGCUGCGAGCGCAUGUUACGCAGCGUCCAGAGGGGCAUACAUGCCAACUGCAUCGGCCAUCCAUCCAACUUGACGACUCUCACCACGAUAUAGCUCUUCAAGUGUUGCCAGUCGUGACUGCUGCCGAGGACCACAAUCCGCCUUGCCAACAUACCAGGAACAGACUCGCACGCGCCUUUGUCGUAAAGAUGGCCAAGUCACUUCGGUCCAGGGCCAAGCUGGCUCACAGACAAGCAAAGCGCACGAAUCCCAAUUCUGACUACGCCAUCACAAGCGCAGCCAGGACAAACGCGAUUGCACAGAGGCUAGCAGCCCGCAUGAACAUGCCCAAAGAGGCUCACAAGGAUGGCGAACUGGAUGCAGAAGAACAAGAGGAGGGCGAAAUGGGCAAUGCUGCGCAGGCGAUGGAAACGGAUGCUGGUACAUCCGCAAAGCCAGAACCGUCGGAACGUAUCUCGACGGGAGGAGCCAGGGAAAGUGGAAGGGAGACGUGGCGCAAAGCCCGAGGUAUGAAGGUCAGGAAGUCUCACAAUCCUACUGGAUUCGGCGCUCGCAGCAAGAAUGGCGGCAAGACGAAGAGGCGAAGAUGAAUCAUGGGGUGGCAGACUAGACUCUCACAACCAUCAUUCACGCAUACAUGCCGUCUGCAGGAUCUCGUGCCGGGCUCCAUCGCAGCGCCCAGCAUCUUGGCACAUUCAGGUACCAAGCUCACUCGUGUAGAGCGCGAGACGAAAGUCGUGGCGUCAUCGAGCGACUCUCGAAAAUCGAGUCUGCUCGACAAAUUCUGAUUGCUACACUUCACACCAAUGCUCCUCUAUCAUAAUUCUCCCCUAAGAUCUUGUGUUCUGACGUUCGUCAUCGCCCCCGCGGCCAUCUCGCCAGCACGGUGACAAUGUCUCAAGACCAAGACCAGGCGACUCGCGGCGAAGCUUUCAGCAUGUACAACACCUUCAACCAGAGACAGUCAGCGGGUUCAUAGCGCGACUCUGCGCAAUCUAUGGCUCUUCGCUGCACUCAAUGCAGUUGACUAUCG